CAAUCAGCGUCCGUCCUUGUCUCCGCAUUCUGAGCUCGAACGCCGCGGCGGCUAGGGGAUCCGCGGCUGGGACGCUGCGGGGCGGGCAUGGGUUGGAGUGGAAGCUUCUCUCCGGACCUGACUACAGCCAGCACCAUGUGGUUACUAACUGCUCUUCAUUCACCUAUUGAUGCCUCCCAGAAAAAAACGCCGCCAAACGUCCCAGAAAGCCCAGCUGCUGUUCCACCAACAGCCACUAGAGGGCCCCAAACACCGCUAUGCAUCGCCACAGUAUCCCAUCACCCACACUGUGCGGGCACCCAGCAAGCCCAUUGACCACAACACUAUUACUUCCUGGGUAUCACCUCAGUUUGAUGGAACAGCAGAAAGCUGGUUCCCAGCCAACCGGAAACGGAAACGUCAUCACCGAGACCAGGCAAAACAUUCAAGUCGAAAAUCUACCACCUCCAAGUUUCCACAGCUACCAUUUGAGAGUCCACAGUCUUCUACCAGUUCAGCCACACUUGGGAUCCCCUUAACCAGGGAGUGCCUCAGUCAAUCAGAAAAGGACAUUUCCGGAAGGCGCUUAGUUCCAAUGCUCAGUCCCCAGAGCUGUGGGGAACUGUCAGCACAUGCACUUCAAAACUUACCUUAUGUGUUCAUUGCACCUGAUAUCCAGACCCCAGAGUCAUCUUCUGGAAAGGAGGGGCCCAUUCCCCCAGAUCAGAGGGAAAAUAGCCUGUCAAACUACUCCCUUCACACUAAUACUCCCGAGAGCCCGGAUCCUGGGCCUGUUCUGGUUAAAGACACUCCUGAGGAGAAGUAUGGGGUAAAGGUCACAUGGAGGAGACGACGAAACCUCUUUACUUACCUCCAGGAGAGAGGGAAGCUGAGCAAUAGCCAGUUCCUUGUGAAAAACUGACUAGAUUUCUCAGACAAUAAUCUCAAGAAAUUGAUUGCUGGUUUUCACUGAGUUGCUAAAGUCACUUUUCCAGCUCACAGAAGGGCACAUCAGUAGAAUAAAAUGGAAAUAAUACCAAUAACACCAAUAGAAGAAAGGUAUUUUAACUAGAGCCCUGGAGUCAUAAGGGAAUUCGGUUCCCAGAUUUGCUUGUUUAAGUAUGUUGUUAUAAACAAUUUUUAGUGUAUAGACAGUUCACUUUAUAUUUUUCUUGUAUUAACAGUUUAAAAUUUUUAAAUAUCUUGUAGUAACUGUUUAAAAUGUGUUUGUAAAUAAAUGGCCACAGAAAAUUUUUCGAGAACCCUGAUUCCCACUGCCAGUAUGUGCCAAUACUGCCCCCUCCAUAAUAGGUCUUCCUUGUUUGCUUUUACCACUACUCAUUUAUCCUUUAAUCACCUCAUUCAAACUAAUAAUUCAUUACACAUUUUUGAGUACCAACUCUGUCAGGCUCAGUGGCAGCUUCGUCUAUGACUUGAUGGAUGAAAAAACUCAAAGCAAGCUCUGACUUUUUAUAGUUGAGCUGCCACCUGUGCAACCUUGGCUCAUGUGCUGAAGAAAGAGCAGCAAGCCGUGUUUGGCAACAGUAGGAUCAGGGGUGGUAAAGGGGACAUGUGUAAGUUACUUAGGUUUGCUGUGUUUCGAUUUUUUAUUUCCAGCCAAAGCUGUAAAGAAAUAAGGUGGGAAAAUGAUUUCUUGGGGUAACUGUUUAAAAUGUAUAUAAAUAAAUGUGGAAACUUUUCAGAGAAUACUAAUUGUAAUUAACCUUUUCACUGCGUUGAUUGAUUUCAAGUUCUCCAAAAUGUGUCAAAAAUCCACAGAAAAUAAUUACAGUAUUUAUAUUUUU